AUUUCUACUGGAUCAGUCGAGAAUGUAUCGCUCGAUCGCUUGGACUGACCUGCUUGGGUUUUAGCUUAUCAUACCUGAAGCGCAAUUAACUUUUCUUAUCAACGACGUGACUUAAAACCCUCCAUAGAAUUGUGCGCGACCGGUACAGAGCUCGUUAUUUUAGAAUUGUUUUCACGGAAAACUUAUUGUUUUUGAAAAAUAAUACAAAAAAAACUUUUAAAUGGGUCAAAAGGUCAAUAUUUUUCUGAUCGCUGUUGUCAUAACAGUGUCAGCAUUCGGGAUCAUUAAGGCCAAUAAGCUCGAGUUCCCACAGCCGCGCGUUGCUCCAAAGGAGGAAGUGAUAUCAUAUCUUAAUGACAUAUCUCCGUCUCAAUGGAAAGACUUUGUAGACUCUGGCAUAGAGUCAAUCAAUAGACAAAGAAGACUUGAGGAAAACCUUUUAAGAUCGGACAUAACAGUGCAGAAUGGCAGCAUCUCACACAUUCAGUUGUUGGAUACACUACCAAAUGAGAAGUCCCGACUGGACAGUGAUGUGGCUCUAAAGAUUCUCAAAGCUACACUCUUUGUGUACAACAGCAAAUGCGUCUCACAUGGCAUUAACGAUGAUGACUGUCGCGCAUUCUUGGAGAACAAAUCACUUCCGGAUUGCACACUGCACGCUGAAUGCGACAAAUUGUUGCACAGUGAGCGCCAUGGACAUCACGCAUUCAGACGUCUUCUUCCACGCCAUUACAAGGAUGGUUUUCAUGAGAUGUUUGGCGAGAACGAUGUGCCUGCUGCUUGGUCCAUUAGCAUGGCUUUAUACGAUCGCCGUGAGGAGGCAGCGGCCAAGGCAAGAAGCAACACCAAUACCAAUGACAAUCGUAAUUUAAAUCUGGUGCUAGUGCAGUUCGCACAAUUUGUGGAGCACGAUCUAAGCAAGCCGGUAUCACAAUCAAUGAGCAAUGGUGCGCCGAUUGAGUGCUGUAAUCGUAAUCAGAAUAACUUGCAGCCACGUUUUAAUCAUCCACUGUGUGCGCCAAUACUCUCAAAGGACAAAUACGGCUUUCCCAACUGCCUGAACUAUGUUAGAAGCGCAUUAGCUGUGGGCCAAAACUGCAACUUCGGUGCUGCUGAACAGCUGAAUCAAGCUACAGGCUUCUUGGACUUGUCGCAGCUUUAUGGCUUUACAGCAGCUGCUGCGCUCAAGAUGCGCACAUUGAACAAGGGCACACUGAAGUCCACCUCGAAUGGUGACUUGCUGCCCUUGGCUACAAGCGAGGACGGACAUAGCUUCUGUGCAUGGGGCAGCAGUGAAAAUGCCACAACUUGCUUUGCAGCUGGAGACUCACGUGUCAACAACAAUCCCUACUCAAUACUAGCGUACACAAUUUUUAUGCGCAAUCAUAAUCGCAUUGCGGCUGAGCUGGCGGCACGCCAUAAGAGCUGGGAUGAUGAGAAACUCUUUCACGCAGCCAAGUCCAUUAACAUUGACAUCUAUAGACGCAUCAUUAUGGAUGAAUGGCUAACAGAGGUGCUGGGUGCAGAGCUUGCCGCCGAGGUGCAUGCCACAAAGAGCGCAGAGCAAGCUGCAGAGGUGUCAAACGAAGUUGGCGUUGCCGCCAUACGCUUCUAUUUAUCAAUGCUGCCAAAUGUGCUGCAUAAUCUGGCUGACAAUGAGGUGCAGUCAGCACGAGCAAGCAACAAUGUGCUGCCACUUACCAAUUUAUUUGAGCUCGAGGAUGAAAUCUACAAGCCCCAGCUGGAGUAUACGAAAAAUAAACUAAACGAAAUCUUGAAGAGUCUCAUACAUGAGCGCGCCAUGAAAAUGGACGCCUCCUAUGUGGGUGCAAUUGUGUGGCAUGAAAAGACGAAACCAACUCAUGCCGACGUCUUGGCAUUCGACAUACAAAGAGGUCGCGAUCAUGGCCUACAGCCUUACUACAAGUAUCUACAAAUUUGCAGCAAUACAACAAUCGAUAGUUGGUCUGACUACGAGACCUAUAUACCCAGAGAGCUCGUAGACAAGCUCAAGAGCGUUUACAAAAACUGGAGCGACGUUGACCUUAUAAUUGGCGGCAUUGCGGAGCGCACUGUUAAUAGCACCAUUGGCCCCACCUUUAGCUGCAUAUUGGCUGAGCAAUUCGCCAAAAUACAUCAACGCCAUCAGCAGCAACAUUCGCCGGCUAAUGCUGCUCUACUUGACGCCUACAGCUCCAUUAAUGGCAGCAAGCUGUUGUGCCUCAACUCCAAUGUGGAAGCCGUGCCACGCAACAUAUUCAGAUUGCAGUCAAACAGCAAUCGCCUGAUAAACUGUAACGAGGUGCUGCAGUCCAACACUGGCCGACAAGGCAAUUGAAGUGGAACUGGAAUAAUAAUUUAUUUCAAGUUAAGAUGAUCAUUAAGCUGAUGCUCCUAAGAACAUGAUCAACCAGUUUACAAAAGCUAUUGCGAAUAACUCAUCAAGGGGGCUUACUAACUGAAAUGUCAUUAUAGGCAUAUACUGAAUAAACACAUAUCAGCAAUCA